AUGCUGACUCUCAGCUUGAGGACAGCUUUGGACCCGCAUUUUCGUCAGCGGGCCAGCAAGCAGGAUGUAUUGCAAGCUGCUUCCGCAGUCAACCUGGAGGGUGGCGAGGUUGCGGCGCAUGUUCUUCUCACGCAAUUUGGCAGCUGCGAAACAUUGUCCCUUGUGGAGCUGUCGCCAGAAGCAGGUGUGUUGGUCUGCCGCUUCCGGCGCUUUCUCAACCAGUUUGGUACGAUGAGGAAGUUUCUCGAAGAGCUGCAAUUGGUGGGAAGCAACAUGGAAAUGAGCUUCAAGAACUUCACGGCAUUCUGUCGAAGGCAUGGGUUUGAUCCGGACAUGGAGGAAGUACGUGAGAUUUUCAGCCUAUGCAGCAACGGCAAGGACCACCUAUUGCCGGAAGACUUCCUGUUCUUGGAGUUGGAUGAAGAUGUACGACAGCAAGAAUUCGUCAGACAGACGCAGCUGAAGUUCGCAAAGGAGGACGUACAUCAAGCUUUUCUCGCGGAAACGUACAACGCAGACCGUGGGCGUGGGGUUUCAAAUCGACAUCGCCUGGCUCCGCGUCCGUGGCACGACCGUGCCUUUGAGACGUUGCCGCAGGUGAUAUCACGAAGAAACCAGUCCUGGUUCCACGAACGAAGGAGCAAGAACGCAGAGGCCCGGCAACAUUUCCUGACCUACAUCCGAACGAACUAUGGUUCAGAGGUGCGGGCUUGGAGAAAGGCCCUGGACCCUGAUGCCACCUUCCAGCUCACCCUUUCAACCUUCAAGAGAUGGUUCCGCAACGAGACGAACCUUCGUGAGUGCAUCGACCUGCAGACGCUGUGGCGGGCUCUUGACCGGGAUGGCAGCGGUUGCCUGGGAAUGGAGGAGCUUGCACCACAGGCAGCAGCAACACUGAGCUACUUCAGAAAGUGGCUUCGAGGAAGACUGGGCACAUGUGCUUCAGCAUGGGAGCACGAGGCGGUGGAAGAGGCUUUCUCCAGCUUGCAUGCUGACGGCUGGGUGUCGAGGACCAAGCUGCUCGUCAAUGCGUUCGCCAAGGCUGUCAAGCAACUUGGUUGGCGACCGAUACUGAAUCAUGACACGCGAGCUGCUUUGCUUGCUUCGUUGGACUACUUUGGCUGCGGCUUCCUGUCUCGCUCAGAUCUGGAAUGGUUGGACGCCUGGGAGCCGCCCGAGUGGUUAUACUCGCAGCCGGAUGCUGAAGCCUGGGUGCAGCUCCGGCGUCUUAUCAAUGGGAGGUUCGAACAUCCACUUGCUGCUUGGCGUGGUCUUCUGGAUCGAGAUGACUCCAACAGCGUGUCUUGGAACGAGUUCAAGGAGGCUUGCAGGAAAGUGGGCUUUCAAGGCAACAUGGGCGGUGCCUGGCGGGCGCUGGAUCACGAUUUGUCAGGCACCAUAACCUUGAGGGAGUUCGAUGCGGCCAGCGCCAAAAUUCUGACAUCUUUCAAGGCUUGGUGUGAUUCACAUUACGGCUCUUUCGAACACCUCUUCAAGUCCAUGGACAAGGAUCGGAGUGGAGGAGUCUCGUUUUCGGAGUUGCGGCGUGCCUGCAAAAACGGUGGUUGGAAAGGCAACGUCCACAUCCUCUUUAAGUGCCUGGAUGUGGACAGUGGUGAUGGUCAAAAGACAAUCGAGCUGGAAGAGCUGCAGUUUUUGGAUUCUUGGGACCCGCUUGAAGAUGAGCCCUUGGAGGCGCAGGAGCAGAGCCAGGUUCUUAUGGAGCGCAAGUUGCCUGCUCGGAGAUCACAGCUUUCGAGAUCAUCCCCGGUCUUGCCAAAGCUGGUCUGA